AAUCAUUCAUAGUAUACCCGCUAAAAGAAGAACAACCUUUUUUGUGGAUAAAAAGUGUAUAUAUAUAUAUAGAUAUAUAUAUAUGCGGCAAUCAUUCCAAAAAGCAAGCGCAUAGAUAAACUCAUACUAAAUCACAUCAUUAUUAUUAUAAAGUAAAAAGUGUUCCCUCUGUACUUUCAUUCAGGGAAUAACAUCACAAAAAUCAUCAUCAAUCACAAACAUGGCCACCGAACCAAAGAAGAUCAUAAUUGAUACCGACCCUGGAAUCGAUGAUGCUAUGGCUAUAUUCGUUGCUCUAAGAUCACCAGAGAUUGAAGUUAUUGGACUUACAACUAUCUAUGGAAAUGUUUACACUACUCUUGCUACUAGAAAUGCUUUGCAUUUGUUGGAGGUUGCUGAAAGAACUGAUAUACCAGUUGCUGAAGGAUCUCAUGUUACAUUAACUAAAGGAACAAAACUUCGCAUUGCAGAUUUUGUCCAUGGUGCAGAUGGACUUGGCAACCAAAAUUUUCCACCACCAAAUGGGAAACCCAUUGAAGAAUCAGCUGUUGAUUUUUUGGUUAACCAAGCAAAAGCUAACCCUGGAAAAAUCACCGUGGUCGCAUUGGGUCCUCUUACAAAUAUUGCUUUGGCUGUACAAAUGGACCCGGAUUUCGCUAAGAACAUUGGGCAGAUUGUUCUUCUUGGUGGAUCUUUUGCAGUAAAUGGCAAUGUGAACCCAGCUGCUGAAGCAAAUAUAUUUGGUGAUCCAGAUGCUGCAGAUGUUGUAUUCACAAGUGGCGCAGAUGUACUUGCAGUGGGAAUAAACGUUACUCACCAAGUCAUGUUGUCAGGUUCUGAUCGAGAAAAGUUGGCAAGUUCAAAAGGAAAAUUUGCUCAAUACUUGACCGGAAUCUUAGAGGUGUAUUUCUCUUACCAUUCUGACGCAUACAACACCAAUGGAGUUUACCUUCACGACCCAACAGCAUUACUUGCAGCCGUUGAUCCUUCACUUGUAACAUGCACAGAGGGUGCUGUUAGAGUCCAAACCAGUGGCAUUACAAGGGGACUUACAAUACUCUACAAUAAACAGAAAAGGUUUGCAGAAACCACUGAAUGGUCUAAUAUGCCAUCGGUAAAAGUAGCUGUGACAGUUGAUGCUCCUAGAGUUGUGAAAUUGGUCAUGGAUCGUCUUUUGUCUUGAAGUAUCUGUGAACUCAUUUGAUUAGAAUUAUUGAUUAUUGUCCACCUAUUUGUAUCUGGUUUCAAUGUUUUAAGAAGAUUUAUGCUCAUUUCAAAGCUGUUUUGUUCAUUCUUCGUGCUAUAAUUGUGUUUUAGAUCUCUUGAGCAUUACUUUUUACUUUACAUUUUAUUCAGGUUUGAAAGUAAGUUAUCAUUCUUAUUCCAA